AGCAGGAUCUCUGCGCAGACUCAGUAAUCCUGUGGACUAGGAAUGCCCAGCACGGUGUGAUUACCGCGGCUGGGGUCUCCACGAUCCGAUACCCGCCGGGUAACGAUGGCGACCGUGAGACGAGAUGAUCGUCUGACGGGCCUCCAGGGCUUCAUGUGCGUCGGGUUCGCUGGGAUCUUCAGCAAGACGGCCACGGCCCCGCUGGAGGUCGUCAAGAUCCUAAAUCAGGUGGGGAGCUUUCACUGCAGAGCGGGCUUUGUACACAGCUUUGCCCGGGUGUCCUGCAGCGAGGGGUUCCGCGCCCUAUGGAAGGGAAACCUGGUAUCCUGUCUGCGCCUGUUCCCGUACAGCGCCGUGCAUCUGGCCGCCUACAGGAAAUUGAUAAACUUGCACAUGGAUGAACUAGGAUGCAUAUCGCAGUGGAGGGCCAUCUGCGCCGGGAGCUUGGCGGGUAUCGUGGCUGCGCUGGUGUCGUACCCGCUGGAGGUGGCGGAGACGCGGCUGGUAGUCCAGAACAUGCGGGACCCGACGUACAGAGGCGCGCUUCACGUACUGUCCAGCGUUUACCGCGAUGAGGGCCUGUGCGCCCUCUAUCGCGGAUUCUCCCUCACAGUCAUAGGGGCGGCCCCCUUCUCCCUGGGCUGCUAUAUGGUCUAUGUCAACCUGGAUUGGCUGUGGCAGGAGCCCAGCUUUCGCUUCACGCCCCUGCAGAACUUCAUCAGUGGCUGCCUUGCGGCGGGUCUGGCCCAGACCCUGUCCUUCCCAUUUGAGACUGUCAAGAGGAAGAUGCAGGCUCAGAGUGCCCUGUUGCCGCAGGGUGGUGGUGUUGACAUCCAUUUCAGCGGCAUGCUGGACUGUUUCCGACAGACAGUCCGAAGCAAUGGCUUCCUAUCCCUGUGGAACGGACUCACGGCCAACACAGCCAAGAUCGUCCCCUAUUUCGGCUUGCUCUUCACAUGUUUCGAGGCCUGCAAACAGGUCUGCCUGUAUCACAACGGAUACAUCGUGUCCCCUCUGAGCUUCCAGCCAGCACCAGGAGUGGACCAGAGUCUGGGUCCAAACGAGCUUCAGGAAGUUCAGAGGUACCUGAGUAACAGGGGCUUCUCUUCACCGCAGAACAAUAUGGACGACCGGUGGUGAGGCAUCUCGAUACUGCCAGCGGGAUAAACAGUCGGUUUCCUUUUGUCCACAAUGCGCACCAUUAAAAUUAAACGCAUCAUCUAAACAUGUGCACCAGUGAACCAGCUUGGACAAUGAGGGAUUCCAGUAAACAGAUAAGUGCAGCUUUAGGACAAAUAAGUAUAGCACUUCCACACAUGGUGCCUUAAUAGUGGCUGGAGAUUAAGCAGUUGGCCUCCCUGCCGUGCAUGAAAUGUCUGCUGAUCCUCCUGAAGACCCCAAUCUGAUGCUGAUCAUCUGCAGGAAGCCACUGAUAUCUAAACGUGAUGCAAAACUCUUGUACUUUGUCAUUUUUGUGCUACACAUUAACUUGUGUGUGUAUAUAUAUAUAUUUGUGUAUCAUGAUCAAAGUACAUUUUAUUCAGGAAGUGCCACAUCACAUGUGUGAAACAAAUGUAUGUAAUACAAUGGUUACUAAUGUGUUAUUUCAUACUUUACGGUGGUUUCUAAUUUAUAAUUUGCAGUAUGUUAAUCAUACUUCUGAGUAUAUUUAACAUGAAUCCAAAUAUUUUCAGUAUUAAACACUCCUUUUAACUGGUGA